AUGGAGGUGGAUACUUUUGGCCACUUUUAUCCCAUCGCUAAAACUAACACUUGCAACAGGUCCAUGGAGCCCGAGUGGAAUCAGACAUUUGAGAUAGAUUUGGAGGGCUCUCACACGUUGCGAAUCAUGUGCUACAGACAGGUAGAUCAAGAGGAUGAGCUACUGGGCAAGAGUGCAUUGGAACUAAGCAAGGACUGGUUGAUAAGGGGAGACUUUAAAGAGAAGACAAUCUCCAUAAACUCAACCAAUGAACUGUCUUUAACUGUCUCUAUCCGCUACACUUCGCCACAACACACCAUCAAGAGGAGGGUGUCCAGAAUCAAAACAGGGCUGUUUGGAGUCAGAAUUAGUGAUACCUGCAAACGGGAAAAGAGGCCUUUACCACUAAUAGUAGAAGCAUGCUGUAGAGAAAUAGAGAGAAGAGGUCUUGAUGAGAUGGGAAUUUACCGAGUAUCGGCCUCAACUGCCGAUGUCCAGACACUUAAAAAGGCGUUUGAAAGAAAUAGCAAAGCUGGCAGUCAGUUGGUCAGUGAACUGGACAUCCACGCAGUAUCAGGUGUGCUCAAAUUAUAUUUCCGUGAGCUGCCUGAAGCUGUGUUCACUGAUCGCCUUUAUCCAAGUUUUGUUGAGGGACUGG